UUUAAAAUCAUGUACACCAGUUCGGAUUGAAUUGUACUGUUUUUGAUUGUGCACCAUUCGCCCCGGGGUCACGUCGGGUCGACUGUAGAAGUGUGCUUUCGCCAGGAAAGUCCGCAUAGUUACACUUUAACUUCCGGGUUUACGUUCUUCCUGUCAAGUCAAACGCCGAGUGCGCAUGUGCGAGAAUGACCGCUUCCAAUCCAGUUUUACUCAGAUACUCAGUGACAACGAGCAAAUUUGACUGUUGUAAUGGCGGACUGGGUACAUCGCUGAAAUGUUAUUGUUCUCAAUGCUUUUAGUGCAUAGUUGGUGGGUCGCUUAGUACAGUACCCACUGCAAGGGCAGGGACCCCAAUAAAUAUCAGCUUUGGGGUUUUAAGGAGCUUUUGUGCGCUGUAGUUUUGAGGUAUUCAAGUUCUCUGUGAAGAAGUUGACCAUUCAGAUAGCUAGCAGCAGGAGAGAUUGGCUUGUCAACCUGCCAGCAAUGAUGGGGGACUCACUGGGUUUAGUGGGGAAACGGUUGUUGUUUCUAUUCGGAGAUGGAAAAUCCGCAGCCGAAACCGAGACGACCCAGGCCCUUAGGAACCGCGACUGGCUCCGGGGAACAGUCAGGGCGGUCAGCGUCAUUGGGUUGGACAGUCCUGGGGUAGAGGUGUUUGUGGAGUUUGAGGACUGCCCGUGGCGACAGCGGUCCUGGGUACACAUUUACGGAGAGGACGUGUCCGUUGUCCUGGUGGAGAGUGCUGUCGUGUGGGCAGCCCGAAGUGAUACCACUCUACCAGGAGGGGGAGUCACAGUCAGCCCAACAUGGCCAGCAUUGUCAUACAGGCCUCUGGUGGACCGCGUGGGCCUGGGAUCUCUGGUUCCUGUCGAGUCCUUUGUGGACCGAAGCCUCCGCUUCCUUCCAGACGGGGAGUCGCUGCAGAGAUUUGAGUUGGAGAAGGAGCAGGGUCACAGCCGCCUGCAGGAUCAUCCCGCCCUGCAGGCUGCAGUCAGGAGCUGGCACAGAGACUCAGAGCUGCAGGAGAUACUCAGGAGAGGGUCAUGCACUAUGCUGGGCCGGAGGGUGCGUGUGUACCAGCCGGAGUUUGACCAGCCCUGGGCCCUGGCCCUGGUGUCUCAGCACAACCCCCUCACACACAUCAUGGAGGUCACCAUCGACCAGAGUGAAGAGAAGCAGCUGGUGGACCCGCGGGUCAUCCACGUGAUGCUGGCUGAUGACGCCCCUGAGGAGACAGGGAAAGGGGGUACAGAGAGGAAGGAGGGGGAUGGAGGGAAGGGGGAGGUGGGACGCCGGCGCAGAAACCCCUCGGAGGGGGACGGAGGCGUGGCCCUAAAGCGCCCCAAACCCGAAGGAGAGCGGGACGGCAUCGGCAACCAUAACGGGGGCGGAGCCGACACAAACGGGACAAACGGCGAAAAACUGACAACGAUGUCACCGCCGGUUACUAUGGUGACUGCAGGAGGAGGCGGAGGAGGAGGAGGAGGGGUGAGCAACAGCGAAUCAGCCACGGCCCCGCCCCCCGUCCGGACCUCUCCGAAUUCUCCGAACACCCCCAACCCCCCUCCUCUCAAACCCGCGCCCCCCCCUCCCCCCUCCCUCCUCCCCUCCACAGGUAACAUGCCCCGCCUCACCCGGGCCGCCUCCCCAAAACCUGCCCCAACGACGCCCCCGCCCCCGGAGAGAGACCUGGCCCCCUCCUCUCCCCCCUCACAGGCUGGCACUGCACCCCACAACCCCCCCACCUGGAGGGGGAAUCACUCCGAGGGCCAAAAAGCGUCUGCAGGUUGGUUGAAAAAGCCUGCCGCCCUGGUUUUUGGGGAGGGGAGCAGCCGGCCGAACGGGGCAGCCCCAGGGCCGGACAACAGGCCGUUUGGGUUCGGGUUCGGCAGCGAGGGGGCGCCAGCGGGGGACCCGCCUUCCUCCCAAAACCUCUUCUUCCAGUGCAUGGCGACCGGGGCUCAGGGUCCGGACCGGAGCUGCUUCCCCGCUCAGGCCGCGGCCCCCUCGAGGACCGGGGGCGCUGGGCCUUUUGGGACCGACCUCAGGGAGCAGGGCCCGGCCCCGGAGCCGCCGAGACAGGCCGACGGCGCGACGGCACCGAAGCCGUUCGCGGGAAACGACAGGCCGAAGCCUCCGGCCGCCUCCCCCGAGGGGCCCGGCCUGGGCCCAGGAGCCCCGGGCACGGCCGGGGUCGUGUUCGGGGGCGGUCUGGGACCGGUUACCGUGGCGAAGCCCUCAGAGGGGGCGCACCAGAACCUCUUCCUGCAGGCCCCCAAAGGCGACGAGCCGGCCAACCCCUUCCUGAUGUUCGGGGAGAGCAAGGUCCCCCUCGGCCCGUUUGGCGGCCCACCCGACCCUCAGUCUGCCGCCGCCGCGCCCGGUUCUGUCGCUAUGGAGACGGCUGAAAGCCCUCAGAACCUGUUCACCAUGUCGGAACCGCCCAAGAGCCUCCUGAUGUCCCCGUUCUCCAGCAGCGCCCCCCCGCCGGCCUCGCGCCCCCCCGCCCCGCCCCCGGAGACGCCCGACAGCAGCGGGGGAGGGCCGGGGCCGGGGCCGGGCCAGGGGGCUGAGCGGGAGGACUCCGCAGACUCCGGCGUCUCUCCGGCCUUCAGCAGCGCCAGGAUUUCGGGAGGCGGGGAUUCCCCCGGGGGGUUGGAGACGUUCCCGCUGGACGAGCGUGGGCUGUCGCUGAAGCAGGAGUCCGACUCCAGCACCAACAACAGCGACCUGUCGGACCUGAGCGAGGCGGAGGACGAGCCCCCCGACGGCCAGCCCCCGGGAGGGGGGGCGGAGAGGGCCCUGCUGCUGGAGAAGAGUAAAGGCGUGGCCAAGGGGAGGCCCCGCAGCAAACCCCGCGCAGUGGGUCAGUCGGUGCUGAAGGACCAGGCCAAGGUUCGGCGGCUGAAGCAGACGGGCGAGUCCUUCCUGCAGGACGGCUCCUGCAUCAACGUGGCGCCCCACCUGCACAAGUGCCGGGAGUGCCGGCUGGAGCGCUACCGCAAGUCCCGCGAGCCGGAGCCGGAGGAGGAGGACCACACCGUGGCCUGCCGCUUCUUCCACUUCCGCAGGUUGGCGUUCACGCGGAAGGGGGUCCUGCGUGUGGAGGGCUUCCUGAGCCCCCAGCAGAGCGACCCCCAGGCCCUGGGGCUCUGGCUCCCCUCCCCCGCCGCGCAGCAGGCCCUGGACCUCGACACCUCCAAGUACAUCCUGGCCAACGUGGGCGACCAUUUCUGCCAGCUCGUCGUGUCCGAGAAGGAGGCCAUGAUGAUGGUGGAGCCUCACCAGAAAGUGGCGUGGAAGCGGGCGGUGAGGGGGAUCAGGGAGAUGUGUGACGUGUGCGAGACCACCAUCUUCAACAUCCACUGGGUCUGCCGGAAGUGCGGCUUCGGCGUGUGCCUGGACUGCUACCGUCUGCGCAAGAUCCAGCCGGCUGACAUGGUGGAUGAGGGUCAGGAGGAGGACGUGUUCUCCUGGCUGAAGUGUGCUAAGGGGCAGCCGCACGAGCCUCAGAACCUCAUGCCCACUCAGAUCAUCCCAGGCACAGCACUCUACACCAUUGGAGACAUGGUGCACUCAGCCAGGGGCAAGUGGGGCAUCAAGGCCAACUGCCCCUGUGCCAACCGGCACACCAAACCCCUGGUCCGACCUGCCGCUCACAACGGUCUCUUGCAGCAGUGCACGGUGAACUCCAGCAACGUCACCGCCGGCAACGGCCUGACCACGCCCAAAACCGAGGGGGAGGCGCCAAACGUGAGAACAGAGUCGACUCUCGGCGGGGGAGGAGCCAAGACGCCCCGCCCACAGGGCCCGGAGAACUCCUCCUCCUCUGCACUCCAUUGGCUGGCAGACCUCGCCACGCAGAAGGCCAAAGAAGAUGUCAAAGAUUCGGGUUCCCUGCGGUCUGUGAUGUCCCAGGAUUCCCGCUCCCCAUUUGGACUGGGGUCCUUCGGCUCUCUCUCCAAAGCCUCCUCAUCUUCCUCCUCCUCCUCCUCCUCUUCCUCGGCGGCCAGCCCAAAGCUGUUUAACAGCCUCCUGCUGGGCUCCGGUGCGUCCCAGGCCAAGGCGGAGGGCUCCAGCCUCAGGGACCUGCUGAACUCGGGCCCCGGGAGGCUCCCUCAGGGGCCGGCAGACUCUGGGGUCCCCUUCCCCUCCGUCUUCUCCACCGUGUCUGCGCUGGGCGACAAGGCGAAAAGCAGCCUGCCGAACUUCCUGGACCACAUCAUCGCGUCGGUGGUGGAGACGAAGAAGACGGAGGCGCGGCGGGGCGGGGCGGAGCCCGGGGAGGCGGGGGCCGGGGCCCGGCGGGACGCGGUGAUGGGCCUCAGCGUGCUCGACCCCCACACCUCCCACACCUGGCUGUGCGACGGCAGGCUGCUCUGUCUGCAGGACCCCGGCAACGGGAACAACUGGAAGAUCUUCCGCGAGUGCUGGAAGCAGGGCCAGCCGGUGCUGGUGGCAGGGGUGCACAGGAAGCUGAAGGAGUGUCUGUGGAAGCCUGAGGCCUUCAGCCUGGAGUUUGGGGACCAGGAUGUGGACCUGGUCAACUGCAGGAACUGUGCCAUCCUUUCCGACGUCAAGGUCCGAGACUUCUGGGACGGAUUCGAGGUUAUCGCCAAGCGGCUGCAGGGUACGGACGGGGAGCCGUUGGCUCUGAAGCUGAAAGACUGGCCUCCAGGGGAGGACUUCAGGGACAUGAUGCCCACCAGGUUUGAUGACCUGAUGGAGAACUUGCCCCUCCCAGAGUACACCAAGCGGGACGGCUGUCUAAACCUGGCGUCCCGCCUGCCCAACUUCUUUGUGCGACCAGACCUGGGUCCCAAGAUGUACAACGCUUACGGGCUGAUCUCCACUGAGGACAGGAAGGUGGGCACCACCAACCUGCACUUAGAUGUGUCAGACGCUGCCAACGUCAUGGUGUACGUGGGCAUUCCAGAGGGAGACAACGACCACGAGAAGGAGGUGAUGCUGACCAUCGAGGGAGGCGACGUGGACGAGGUGACGAAGCGGCGGAUGUACGAGGCGAAGGAGAAGCCGGGCGCGCUCUGGCACAUAUACGCCGCCAAGGACGCCGAGAAGAUCCGCGAGCUGCUCCGCAAGGUGGGGGAGGAGCACGGUCAGGAGAACCCUCCGGAUCACGACCCCAUCCACGACCAGAGCUGGUACCUGGACCAGGGCAUGCGGCGCAGGCUGCAGGCAGAGUAUGGGGUGCAGGGCUGGGCCAUCGUGCAGUUCCUGGGGGACGCCGUCUUCAUCCCCGCCGGGGCCCCGCACCAGGUACACAACCUCUACAGCUGCAUCAAGGUGGCGGAAGACUUUGUGUCCCCAGAGCACGUAAAGCACUGUUUCAGACUGACCCAGGAGUUCAGACACCUGUCCACCACCCACACCAACCACGAAGACAAGCUGCAGGUGAAAAACAUAAUCUACCAUGCUGUGAAGGACUCCAUCGGAACGCUGAAGGCCCACGAACACAAGAUGUCUCGGUAGCUCCUUGCCGUCACUUCCAAACCAAACGCGCUCCAGGCGGCGUGAAGCCGGGACGACACCAGCGUGACACCGAUGCUGACACGUGACGUCAUUUCCUGGAGCGGCAGGAAGUAGAAACCAGGGACGUUUGAUUAGAUGCUAAUCUCGAGCUACCCUCUGCUACUGCCUGGACUGGAGAGAGCACUUUUCAGUGUUACCCUUAUCCGUAAACCCACGUUUCUUUCUUCAGUUGUUUAUUUUUUGUUCAUUGUUGCUUUGUAUUUAAGUUUGGAUAUUAGUCUGUGAUUCGUUUUUAUUUUAAUGAAGAGUUUAAGCAGGUGAUGUGCCUUCAAACUGGCUAGAAGAGAACAAAUGUUCUGUUUUUGUUUAAAAUUUGAGCCUCAUCCUCAAGAUUCGUCCAUUGUAACUCUCACACAACCCUGCUGAGCAGUGCGUCAUCUGCUCUGUUUUUGUUUGUUUGUUUGUUUCCCUGCUGAGAAUUUCUCUCUUCCCAACUUCCCGUCCUGUUGAUUCACAAAAAGAGUGCAGUAAGGCAAAUAGACCAAAGUGUGCUGUUCUGUCCAAAAACCUUUUUUUUGGUUUGGUUUUGGCCUCAGGACAAAGCUGAGAACUGAUAUUAAUGGUGAAUGUGGAAGGGUUGGCAAAAAAAACUUGUUUACUUUUUGUUGUUGGUUUUUUGUCCAUCAACCCUAUGAAGCUGAACAAUAUUUCUGCGGUUUAAAAUGAAAUUCCCUUGAUUCAUUGUGAUCUCUGUAUACAUUUUUAAGUUCUAAAAUAAAUUUUACAGAGAAAAAAAAAAAACUCCUGUUUAUUGUCAAGCUUGAUGAGCAGUUGGCUCAGGAGUAGUCCUUUCACUACUGAGUAGGUCACUGGAUUUAAGAGGGUUGGGGCUUAUCAUUUACGUAAUAUAGUUUAGGCAGUCGUGUUGAUAUGGUAAUGAUUGACUGCUGAAAACCAUUCUUGUGUACCAGAGAUGGGACUCGAGUCGCACUUGAGUCACAUAUACACGGACUCCAGACUCGACUCGGACUCGUCAAUAAGGACUUGUGAACAAUAAGCGUCUGGCAAAUAGCAUCGUGAAAAUGACGAAGUGAAUAAUGUCAGAGCCAAUUUAACUUAUUUAUAUUAAAGAUAUUCCUUUGUUAAAACACACCCAACGUC